CCGAGGUGAUCAGAUUGGGUUUAUACUGUGUGAGGAAGAGUGGUAGGAAGACAGAUUUACAUAGAUUGAUACAACAUACAAUGGGAGAUAACUCUGGGGCCCAUGGGGCCCCAGGUCAUUUUAACAAUGACACCAGCAGACACACAGAAGUGAACAACAGCAGAAAUAAUGUUCAAGGAAUGUUUUUGUUCGACCAGCAAGAACCAUACACAGGUGAAGACAUGCCUACUGUGCCUGUACAAGUAAACACAGUUUACGGACAGGCAAGAAUUGUUCAGAUACCCAGAGGAACCCUUGAUGCAGAAGCAGAAGGAGAUGGAUCAGUUUCAAUUCCAUAUGUUCGCCAAAAUGGCAGCAGUUCUGGUCAGCAAGAACAAAACUCACAAGCUAUAGCAGCCACACUUGAUACUGCCUCUCCAGUAGACCCAGCAGUACCACAUCAGCAGCCUGUAUCCUCACUACUUGGGGUGACCAGACAAGGACAGGGCCCCAGUUUGCCCAAUGGAAUCCUUCAAGAUGACUUGACUUACCAUGCACAGUCAUGUUCAGGGCUGUCAGAUGUUAAUAUUAACCGUUUGGCACCUCAGUUGCAAGAAGUGCUCUCUAACGAUUCCAGUGCAGUACAGUUGCACAGACAAGAAAUAUUGAUAGGACCUUGUGCACAACAGACACUUAGUGCGGUUUCAGAAGACCAUGGUCUUCCACUUAACAUACAAGUUACACAAGCUGAUCUUACAGCCGCCCUUGGAGUAAGUACCGGUACUAGCCGAGAAAAGGAACAAACUUUGAUGCCUCCGAAAUUUCCUCAGCAGUGCUCUGAAGCUACAGCAGCUCGGCACAUUUCAGACCCAGAUAUAAUUUUCCCCCCAAAUCAACAAAAUGAACGUAAAAAUUAUGUAAGGGCUGAAAAUACUGAGGCUUUGGCAACUGACCAAGAGAGAACAGAAUCAAGAAUUCCUGGAAAUGAAGGAGGUGCAAUGAGAUCUUCAUCACUAACGCCUUCGUCAAGGUACAGAACAGCUAGAGGUUCAAGUGUGUCACAGGGAGGUGGAGAUAUUGAUAAUACAAGCAUGCAAAGUUUUGUAUCUGCUGCUCAACAUGGACCAUGUCAUCAAAAAUAUGCUAACACUGAAUCACGAUUUGUAUCAUUUUUGAAUAUACCCGAGACAGUGACACCAUCACUACGUUCAUUGGCUGAGGCAGGGAUGUUUUAUGCAGGCUAUAAGGAUACUUGCCGUUGUUUUUUCUGUGAUGGUGUUUUACAUAGCUGGAAACCAGGUGACGAUCCGUGGCAGGAACAUGCCCGGCACUAUCCUAACUGCGGUUUUGUAAAGAAAGAGAAGGGUCAAGAUUACAUAGAUUUUGUAAAACUAACUUUCAGUCAGAGUAAAGAGGAAACAAAGGUGAAAGACAGCGGAUCUUGUAAACUCAGAUCUAAAGAAACAGAUGCCAUUGUUCAGAGAAUUGAAGAAAUGGGAUAUGGCAGAGAAAAAAUAUUACUUGCAGUUGAAGAAUGCCAAAGGAGAGUGCAAGCUGGCAGGAUUCAAAAGGGAGCAGAUACGAUGAAUGCUGUUCUAGAUAUCCUUUCAGAGGAGUCAGAUCUGGCAGUUGGACAUCAGAGCCAAUCUACAGACCAGAGAGCAAACAGAAUGGUUGCGACAGACCAGAGAGUGAACAGAAUGGAUGUGACAGACCAGAGAGCGAACAGAAUGGAUGCGAGAUAUUGCUGUGCAUGUAAGCGUCAGAAAGCUACCGUUUCCCAACAGAAAUGUGGCCACAUUGUAUGCUGGGAAUGUGCUCCACGUCCAGGUGAUCAAAUACCUCGUUGCAGGUACUGCCUACAGGAAGUUAUAGAAUGCAACCCUAUCGAUACUGCUUUCUUUCACUAGAGGUCGGUUUUAGUAUUUGUUACUGAAUGCAGGCAAGUUUUGCAGAAUUGCUCAUUUACAGAAAAAAGAACUCUUUGAAAAAUAAAGAAUUUUUUUUUAAAAAGGUACAUAUGUUAACAGAUUGAAUUUAAAACAGUGUAUUUAAUUUAGUGGUCAUAUUUAUCAGUACAAAAUAGUGUUGUUUGAAUAGAUCAUUAACUGGACAGUUGUUUUGUUAUAUACAUAAAAUAUAAGGUUGUAAACAAAGUAUAGCUGUUUUAAGGAUUAAGACUCAUUUAUCACUUAGCUUAGCUUUAAAUAUGCUUAUACAAGGUAUAGUUCAAACUGAUUUAUGGAUAGUAUGUGGUAAAACUGAUGUAACAUCACUUCUAGAUAAAACUGCUGAGUUAAUGUAACUACAGUUUAACCUGUACUUGUACCAUCAUCAGUUUUUGGUAGCUUUUCUUCUUUACUUUUUUUUUAUUGUUGUUAGUGAAUGUAAAUUACAUUUAGCAUAGGCUAUGUUUUUUUCUGGAAGUAGUUAUUGUUUUCUUCAGGUAAAAUGUACUAGAGAGUACUUCUGUAUUAAAAACCAACUAACUGCUGAAAUUUAGAUAUAAUUUAUGCUCAGUAGUAAAGGAGGCAUUAGGGAGAGACAAAACUCCUCCAUGACAGUAAAAGUUUCGCGUAACAUGAUAACUUUAUAAGGUAUUCUCUUAUAAAAUCAGGGUGAAUGUGUAAUAUCAAUUAAGAUCUUUGGAAAUGUAUGUGUAUUUUGUGAAUGGAAGUCUUAGAAAUAUACUCAUUUGUUAAUAAGAAAUUCAGAGAAUUUUAAGUGGUGACAAAACUAUCUUAUUAUACAGUACUCAAAACCAGUAAAAAAAAGUUUGAAUAGAAAACUACAUUUUUAAAUUCAAAAUAAACUACUAAGUUUCUUUCAUGAAUAAUGUUUUUAUUUUCAUCAAAUGGGAAGAAAAGAGUGGUUGUUGUGUGUGUUUCUUUAGAGUUUUAAAUUUUGUGUACUUAUGUUAAAUGGAAUUGUUUAUUAAAAUUCAAUUAAUUUCCAGUCAUCACUAAACAAACUAGUGAUUAAAAGAUGCUGAAGAGUUGUGCAUUAUUUCUAUUUUUGUUGUAAAGUUAAAAAAAAAAAUGCAAAACCUAUGCACAUAAUAUGGCAUAUUAAUUAUCACAAAAAAAGUAGAGUGGGCAGACCAAUGCUCGGCGCAUACCAACGCUCGGCGUAUAUCACGUUUCUCUGGGAAUUUCUUAAUAUAUGUUUAAAAUAUCAGCUCUUAUGAGUCCCUUUUCGUUUGUUUACAUCACGCGUAAUUUUAUCCAAGUGCGGUUCAUUUCCGGUAUGGUCACGUGGUCACAGUAGAGCAGACGAUGCAAGGCUAAAAGCUGUUCAGUUUUGUGUUCUACUCUCAUUAAAACAGAUUUUCUGGUAAAACAGGUAUUAAAAAAGUAGCUUGCAGGCCGAAUUAUGGAGAAAAAAGGAUUUUUCUUUUUAAUUCUUGUAUUUCUUUAUACUUAAAUAAACUAUAAACCCUUAUCAUGGCAUUUUAUACGGACCCAUUGUACUGCACUUUUCUGUGGCUUAUGCUGUCGAAGUAAUUGAUAUACUAUGUGGACUAAUGACACUUUUGAAAAGAUUUCCAAAAAUAAUGGAAAUAAAUCAUCAAAUAUCAUAAUUUAUUGAUUUCUUGAAGUUAGACUCACAGAAUUGUGAUAAAGUAUCUUCAAAUGAAUUCCUUAAGAUGAUUGUUGUAUAAAAUGUGUUUAUUCAACUUAUAGAUGCAGAAUAGAGAGAGGGGUAAUUUACGUACAUGUUUAUGUACUUAAAAAAUCAGUUAAUCAAUACAACCUACGUCUUGUGUUAGAUAUGUCUUAUACUUCACUUUAAUACAUAAAUAGUUCAAAAUUACAACCUGCAGAUUAAUAUGCCGUACGCCGAGCGUUGGUAUACUUCCGCAUGAACCGCACAAGUUUUACUGGUACUAUUUUUAGCUCCCGCCUAUUACGUCAUGGUGUGACUAGAAAGAUGUAAACAAUAUGGUUGAAUACUCAAAGAUUGUUCUACAAACUGACGAUAAAAAAGUACGGUAAGAUAAUGUGAAAUCAGUUUUUAGAUUUAAAAUAUGUAGUUUUUACGCCGAGCAUUGGUCUGCCCACUCUACAAAAGAAAUAAGAUUUAUUUACUUUCUAAAAAAUUGAGACAUAUCUUACGAAAAACAUAUGUAUCAUCUAUGAAUCAAGUUAUUAAAUACCAUUUAUAUGAAAUAAUAUCUGAAAUAGUUAUAGUGGUUUUCUAUAUGCUUUUUUUUCCUUUUCUUUUCAUUGUAUAUACACAUGUUUGCAUAUUUGUAAUCAAAGUAAUCAGCUUUAAUUGAGCAUGCAGAAAGUUGCAUGUUUACUCACCAGUAAUUUACUUUCUGUCCACCAGGAAUCAAACUUUGUCAGCUGGUAUCUAAAAACAUAGCCACAUUGUUGGCAUAAAAUUUCUCCUUUUCUUGCAGGUGGGUGGGGGGGGAGGGGGGGUCAAAAUGUCUGCUUUACAGAAACUUGAAUUUUGCAGAUGUUCAAAUUUAAGUGAUGAAAAAAUGAGUUUAACUUGUUCAUUGGGAUUAAUUUUCCAGGUUUGAGGCAACUAUGAAAUCCAAGAAAAUUAGUCUUCUUUGAACACUUCUGGUUUUGCCAUAGUCUUCAAUUUCUGUUUACUUUUAUGCUUUUUGUGUUG